UGUUUGUUUUGAAUCCAUAUUAUCAUCGCUUUUGGCCAUGAAUUUGGAACUAUUGGAACACUUCGGCCAGAAUUAUCCCGAAGAGUUUGACGGCGCCCUCGACUGCAUCUCAUUGGCGCUGACGUGUAGUUUCAACCGAAGAGGCACUUGUCUGGCCGUCGGCUGCAAUGACGGCCGGAUUGUCAUCUGGGACUUCCUCACCAGAGGAAUGGCCAAAAUCAUCUCAGCUCAUGUCCAUCCCGUCUGUUCCCUCAGGUCUGUUCACUCACCACAUAAUUAUCCCGAAGAGUUUGACGGCGCCCUCGACUGCAUCUCAUUGGCGCUGACGUGUAGUUUCAACCGAAGAGGCACUUGUCUGGCCGUCGGCUGCAAUGACGGCCGGAUUGUCAUCUGGGACUUCCUCACCAGAGGAAUGGCCAAAAUCAUCUCAGCUCAUGUCCAUCCCGUCUGUUCCCUUAGUUGGUCCCGAAAUGGCCACAAACUGGUGAGCGCUUCCACUGACAACACUGUCUGCGUAUGGGAUGUGUUGACGAGUGAAUGUGUUCUUCGGUGGCGAUUCUUCUCACCCAUACUUCGAGUGCAAUUCAAUCCCAGAAACGACAAAAUGAUCUUAAUUUGUCCCCUAAAACACGCGGCUAUUGUUGUCUUCAUUCCUCAUAAAGAAGUUCCGACAAAGAGUCACGUAAUGGUUCCGCUCGACGACGACACAGAUCUCAAUAUUGUGGCCUCUUUUGACAGAAGAGGUCAAUACAUAUACACCGGGAAUGCGAGGGGAAGGAUACUUGUGGUGAAAAUUGGUGCCAAUAUCACGACAUUGACUGUCAUCGCAUCGUUUCGUGUGUCCGCCUCUGCCAUCAAACAGAUAGAGUUCGCGCCCCGAAAAAAGGACAUAUUUCUGGUGAGUACUGGCGAUCGUGUCAUUCGGGUCUACGAGACAGAAGAAGUGCUGUGUUGUGGCAAAAAUGGUGAACCGGAACCGAUUCAGAAGCUCCAGGAUUUGGUCAAUAAGACGAUGUGGAAGAAGUGUUGCUUCUCUGGCGGUCCGGACGCUGAGUACAUCUGCGCCGGUUCUGCUCGACAGCACGCGCUCUAUAUAUGGGAACGAAAUGUCGGCAAUUUAGUGAAGAUAUUACACGGAACUAAAGGGGAACUGCUUCUCGAUGUUGUCUGGCAUCCGAUUCGUCCCAUAAUCGCGAGUAUAUCGAGUGGAGUGGUCUCUGUUUGGGCUCAACCGCAGGUCGAGAAUUGGUCGGCAUUUGCGCCCGAUUUCAAAGAAUUAGACGAAAACGUUGAAUACGAGGAAAGAGAAUCAGAGUUUGAUAUCGAAGAUGAAGACAGAACUCCUGCCAGAGUUUCCAAUGACAACGAAGAUGAAGAUGUCGUCAUAGAUGUGGUCACUCCUCAUACCAUUCAUGCAUUUCUCAGC